GCACACUUCAGGAAGCGUAAACUGAGCAGACUGGAUGUAGUCGACCCGGGAACAGCAGAAGUGUCAGAAUCUGGACUCUGAAGGAGGAGCAGGAGGAGGAGGAGGAGGAUCAUUUGUGCUCCUUGAACGCUUCAGUGGUUAUGAUGGGAGUGAACCAGGAGGAGUGAUGGAUAUACAGGACGGCAGGUUAAUGGAGGACGAUGGUUCAAUAUAAUGAAAACAAGAUAUUGAGACCAGUUUUGGAUUAGAAAGAUCCAUUGAAACAGUUUUUUAAUUCAGGAGUAAAACAGGUUUUUAUGAGGAUGUUGAUGUUUCCUCUGAUAACUCACAAAGUUUUAUUAUUUUGUUUUGUCGUCCGUUUUCUGAGCCGGAUGUUUCAUCAGAGCCGGUUCCAACCGGUGCCUCCAAAGAUGAGUUAUGAGACAGGAAGGACGAGGGAAGAGUGUGAUUAAGGCUCAUAAAUCAGACGAACGCCCGCCUCUGUGUUUGACUGAGGGGUCUGAGGAACAAUAAUGGAGGUUGAUGCAGCAGUAGCCUCAGGUUCUGGAGAUUAUUCACCUCCAUCGUGGUUAAUCCCUGUAGGUCAGUCUUUAGGAGUGAAUCUGCAGAAACACGAGUCAGGAUGUGACUCAGAUGAGCCCGGAGGUCCCGGAGAGUGCCCCCCUUCUGCCAUAUUUUACAUCUUUAACGGUCUGGUUAGAGGAUGAUGACAGCUGGGGCGGCUCCAGGACAGCUGUUUCCUCCAGCUGGGACCCCUCAUCCAGCUCAGAGAGGACUGGGAGACCCGGUCUGUCCUUCUGUAGAGUGACUCUGGGGCGGCUGCGUGUGGUUGAAGUUUUAGGCACAGACAGUUUUGAUGUUUUUUGGACAGGAAGACGUUUGUCGUAGAGUCUGAAGGCUGACGGUGUGAACACGGGGAGAGCGGAAAGGAUGGAGUCAGACUUUGGCGUUGGUAAAAAGAAAUGUCACCUUUCUGCAGCCGCGUGUUUGACUUUUACUUCCUAAGAACUUAACCUUUAUGAAAAUAACUGUAUUCAGCUCCUUCAGCAGCGACCUCAGACUCUCUAACGUCCAGUUCUCCUCCUGGUUUUCACGUGUCCCUACUUUGAGCUUCAGCCCUCUCCUUUCUGAUGAAAAGUUUGUUCACACGCCGUUCCAACUCAUGUAACUUCUUGAGCAAAGAGUUAAAGUAGAGUCCUACAAAGAGAUGCCACUACAGCCCACAAACCCUGCAGAAGCAGCCUACAUUUAAGGGAUCAUGUUGAUGUUGUAUUGCCUUUAAAAAAACAGGGAUAUAUCGGGAAACUGAGGCAGUAACUCUGGAUGUUGGUGAAGAUGUGGCGUCUGUAGAUACAGUGAAAAAGAGUCUAUCCACAACACAGAAAAGAAAAUACUUAAAUACUUAAAUAGAAAAAUUGUUUACAGUCUGUACUUCAAGUCUAGAAGUAAAAUAAAGUGUUUGUUCAGAUUUUAAAACCCUGAAGAUAUCUGAGGAAGUGUGAUGGAGAAGUCCUGAAACUUUUAUGAAAGUCUCCUUAAACCCUGCGUCUCUCUCUCUCUCUCUCUCUCCCUCUCCCUCUCUCUCUCUCUUAUCCUCUCUUUCACUCUCUCUCUCUCUCUCUUAUCCUCUCUCUCUCUCUCUCUCUCUCUCUCCUAUCCUCUCCUCUCUCUCUCUCUCUCUCUCUCUCUCUCUCUCUCUCUCUCUCUCCUAUCCUCUCCUCUCUCUCUCUCUCUCUCUCUCUCUCUUAUCCUCUCUUUUCCUCUCUCUCUCUCUCUCUCUCUCUCUCUCUCUCUCUCUCUCUCUCUCUCUUAUCCCUCUCUUUCACUCAUCUCUCAUCUCCUCCUGUUGAGCGGACGUCCCUCUCUGUUUGCUCUGCACUCACUCCUCACCUCUCCUCACCUCCGCUCACCUCCUCCUCUCCUCUUUCUCUCUAAAUCUGUCUCCACUCUCGGCCUCCCUCAGUCCUUUGUUCCUCAGGUUUGACACGCUGGAAAAGUUAACGGUAGUUCACGUUUUGUUGGGGUGACCUGACCUCAGUUAAACGCUCGGACACGCCCCUUUAGCUGCUUCGUCUCUGAACCGUCAGUUUUACUCCAUCAGAUUUUGUAAACACUCUUCAUCCUUCUUCCAUCCUGAACCUCCUUUUCCUUUCUUCAGGUCAGAUUGUCUCUGUUCAGACUUUUCUUCAAGUUUUCAGACCCUCUGAACGUCCAUGUCUUCUAGAAGACGAAUCAUAACGUCAUCGCUGAACCUGCUGACCCCGCUCUCCUCUUCUCCUCCCUGAGAGCGCUCCACUCUCAAACAUCUUGAGCGCACACUUCACUCACGAGUUCACCGAGUUCAUUAAUUACAGUGGAGAUUUGGCCUCACAGACCGCAUACAUUCCCUGUUUUUACAGCGUUUAACGAUCCCUAACAUGUAGGGAAAGUAAGCGUAAAGAGUCAGCAGCGAUGUUUUUCCAUCUGCUGCACAGCUGUUCCGUCCCUCUCCUCUCUAUACUUUCAGUUUUGACAGAAAACGCUUCAACAGAAUCUGAAACAGUUACUGGAUGAAACCACAAUGUCAUGAAAUUGAGCCUCAAUUCAUGAAGACUCGGGCUGUUGUACACACAGUGCACACAGCGCUGCUUGAGCCUCAUUGGUUCGACAGAGCUGUCAAUCAUGGCAUCACCACCCCUUUUUUUUCAGCAUUAAAUAAACAAAAACUUGAUCACUUCAACAUUAAUCAGCCCAUUAAACAUCGGACGUCGACGAGACGUGCAGAUCAAGUCAGUAUUGGGUUGGUCCAUCAAAGACCACAUUUAGACGUCGGCACAACGUGCAAAAUGGAUCCAAGAUUUAGACGUCAUUAUUGGACCUCUUUUAGACGUUGAAGUGACGUUUACAUUUGUACCUCAUCAUCAAAAAAUAUGUUAAAUAGAUGUCAUUUCAACGUCGCAUUGGGGGGGUUUAAUAACAAUUUACUAUGAUAAUAAAAUCCUGUUUGAGAAAAAAUAUAUGAACUUUGAGAAAUUUUCCAUCUGUUUACAUGGAGGAGGCGGGGUUUGGGACCUAUACUGCAACCAGUCACUAGAGGGAGCUCUAAAUGUUUGGACUUCACUUUUAAAGGUAGAGUUUUGGGCUUUAGUCACCUUUACUGUGAGAAGACACAAAGGCCAAUGAAUAUGAAUAUGUAUGUGGGAAAGGCUAACAUCGAACCCUGGGCCGCCCACUGGCAGUUAUUGUUGUUGUAAAAGGAUUCUCAGAUUUAACCCACGAAUGAAAGUUAAAGCUCCCUCCGAUGGUCCAGUCCGCUUUAAAACUGGUUCUUGUGUUCAGUGUUUUUGCUGUGCUCUAAUAAUAAGGUACACACAGCACUGCUUGAGCCUCAUUGGUCGACAGAGCUGUCAAUCAUGGCAUCACCAACACUUCUUUUUCAUGUCAAAUAACAAUAGAAAACUUCACUUCAACAUCAAUCAGUUUAAUAAUAAUUUUCUAUGAUACUUUCAGAAAUUUCCCAUCUGUUUACAUGGAGAAGGCGGGGUUUGGGACCUAUACUGGAACCAGUCACUAGGGGGAGCUCUAAAUGUUAAAUGGACUUCACUUUUAAAGGUUUAAUUUAGGGCUUUUGUCGCUUGGAAUCAAACUCAGAUGUCAGUUUUUUCACUGUUAGCCUCUUUCCCACGUUUUUCCCGGUUGUUUUGUUUGCAUCUAAACAGGCUGUGACUGCGUUUGGUAUAAAAUAUAAAAAAUAAGUUAUUUCUGCAGUUUGCUGUGACUUCUUAACUGCCCUAACCUGUUGGGAGUGUUUAUAGACAUAAAACCUCUAGAACUGGUCUUCUCUCUGAGGAUCUCCAUGUUAGACCUGAGUCGGUCUAAACCCAGCUCGACCUCCUCCCAGGAUCUGUAACACGUAUAAAGACCCGUGUAAACCUGGAGGUGUAGCUGAAGUACAUUAAGAACUCGGCGUCUUUUGUGUCCCGUCUCCAGCGGGUGUCAGGGGGAGAUUAGCUGGAAUCAUAUCUUUAAGUGGAAUGUCACAAGUUCAAGUCCAAACAGAGCUGAGCCGAGUGUGCGCUCGGCGGUGAAAACACAGCGAGCUGGUUUCACGUGGCUGCAGAGAAGUGAUGCAGAGAGACACUCAGAUAAAAGCGUUUCAGGUCCUGACUCACCGACACCAGCAGCUAAUUCCCCUCAGAUUUAUCAUCUGCUCUGUUAUUACUGUCUUGUUCUCGGUUCCUCGGGUGCCAGAGUUCCUGACAGAUCUCUGUUUUUGUCCGAAUGUGUCGGGUUCAUUUUUUAUUUUAUGAUUUCAGCACCUUUUUCUGAGCAGGAGAAUAUUUCCUCCCCUGACAGGAAGAGGCGUGGACUCCAUGUAGCUGAAGAUAUUUACGCCCUGCAGGACGUUUUCCCUCCGUCAGUGGGUUUGCUUUUCACCGGCCUGUGAGUGAAGAUGCAAAACGGGCAGAAAGACUUUGAAUUUCUCAACUUAUGAGAAAAUUUUUGAUCCAAAUAACGGCUCCUGAGCGAACACACGGAUAUUCUUAGUUACCUAAAGGCUUUUGUAAUAAGGCGGCCCAGUUGGAAAGUCAUCAAAAGUGUCUGCCAGAGCAAUCAUCUGUUGCGCUUCGGGGAUGAAAAGUUCAGGAUGUUCAGCCAUGAUCCGACAGGUUCCACUCUGAGCCCCAACUUUGCAUAUUACUCAUAAUUUGGCUUCGUAUAAUUACAGGACUAUCAUGUGACAGUUUAAUCGCAGCAUCAUGAGGAUCUGGUGUUUACUCUCCGGAGGAUCGAGGACCUGAUGGAGAAAAGAAAGAGUCAAUUGUGGGUUUUUGAUGACUUCAUGUUGUUAAAGCAGAUCAAACAGAGCUCUGGGUGGGCUGACAGCUGAGCUGCUCUGUUGUGAAAUAAAGUAAAUUAGAUGACAGAGCGUGGUUGGCUUCAGGGUACCUGUUCAUGACACGCUCCUACAAAAGCUGGAGGGACCAGGAUCCACCAAAAACUUAGUGCAGCUCACGGCAUGAAAACUCUGUCGGCUCUGAGGGACGUCUUAAAGGGAUAUCCUUAAAGGGGAGUUAUAUGAGUUCUGUUUUAGCCACAAUAGAAGCAGGUAAGUUCUGCUUCUGUAGUAAAACCUGUCCGAGUCGACGGUACGAAAGCUCGGCUACAGUUUUCUGUAACUUUUGCUCGUUCCAGUUACAACGAAAGUCGGAUGUUGGAACUUAGAAUGACGUUACGUCAACCAAGAUGGAGCACUAUUGUUAGCUGUUGUUUACACUUGUCAGCUGUUGUUUGUUGCUGUCAGCUGUCAUUAGCCGUUGUCAGCUGUUGUUAGCAGUUGUCAGCUGUAGGUAGCGGUUGUCGACUGUUGCUAGCGGGUUUUAGCUGUUGUUAACAAUCGUCAGUUGUUGUUAGCAGUUGUUAGUCGUUGUUAGCGGUUGUCUACAAUUGUCAGUUGUUGUUAGCUAUUGUUUACAGUUGUCAGCUGUCAUUAGCCGUUGUUAGCGAUACCAGUUGUAAACAAUUUAAAACUGAGUAUUUUACUCUUACUUACACCAUAGUAUCAUGUUCACAGUUUGAUGUUGGGCAGUACAACAAAAACCACUAAUUAAAUUUCCCAAAAACAAAAGAAGUAGUGCUUAAAAUAUAAAGCAUUACAAAAGAUUCGCUGUUACUCCUUACUGUUAAUGCCCGUGCUGCCAUCUUGGAUGAUGACGUUGUCGUCAAGUCGGGGUUUGUGAGGAUCGUCGAACUUUCUGAGUCAGAAAUGCGACUUCUGGGGGGGCGUUGUAGAAGUAUUUCCGACUUCUGAGUAAAACUGGAACAUAGCAUUAGCUUCCCUGCUAACACUGCUCCAUAAAGUCGCACAUAUACGUCUGUAACAAACAAACAAAUACCACAUUUGACCAUCAGGAGUCAGCGGGAUGAAAUUUGUGGUUGUAAGAUAAUACUGCGGCUGAUCAGACUGUUUGUCCACAGGGGGGCGCCAAAUUCGACACAAACUAGAAGUUUCUCACAGGAGCUUUAAUUAAAGCUCAUCUAUCUUUCAUCCUCAGGCGCCGGUAAACGGAGACACGCCUCCAGCUGAGGGCCUAUCAGAGAACGACAGCGGUGUGGAGCUGACCAAUGAGAACAGCCCUCUGACUGCGGCUGAACCGCCCUCCCCCUUCAGCCCCAAGCUGAACGGAGGCGCCGCUUCACCUCAAGGUAACUCAUCAGUGACUGGUAACAGGAGAUGAUUAUUGACAUUAAAUCCAUUAUUGAUUCUUUCUAUCAUAAUUAAACAGAGUAAACCUGAUCAAUCAUGUUUUAUUCCAACAGUAAGACUCACAGACCGUCUUAUUUGUCAAAAUUUUGCUCCUACAAAAGUCCAGAAACAAAGUGUGUCUUACAUAUUGAGUUUCUCCUCUGCCAUCUGUCUGACCUUCUGUUCAUCCCUCGCUCUCCUCGUCUUCACAGAUGGUAACCAGUGUACGAGAGGAAACAGGAAGAGGAGCAGGAAGAGGUUAGAGGAGGAGGAAAGUACCUGGGACUCCUACAGUGAGGUAAAGAACCACUAAACUCUCCUUCUUCAGUCCGUGGAGGGUGUCAAUAAUUCUCCUUUAGUCAAACAUAAACAUGAUCCUCACUCUUCUUCUUCUUCUUCUGUGUUUUUAUCUCCGCAGCAGAAGUCUUCAGGAGCGUCUCAGCUGAGUUUGAGACAGACUCCCCGACCCCGGACCAUCUUCCAGGCCGGUCUGACGCCGCACACGCACAACAAACCUCGCAGACAGAACCGCAAACAGGAGCACGGCAUGUCCCUGGUAAACACACACACACACACACACACACACACACACACACACACACACACACACAGAGCUUUGUUUUACCCCCUGCAGAUAUGAGUAAUAAUUAAACAUAAUGCACAUUUUCCAUUUGGCUGCUCAGAUGUAGUUCUGGGUUUUCACCUGGAUAACUGGUCACACCUGCUGAUCUUUAUUUGUAUGAAGCUACUUCCCUACCAUGUGAUCUCAAGACUGAGCUCCAUCCAAUGAGAUCAGACCCAGAUCAGAGCUGAAGUUAGUUUCAGGUUGGAUAUCUCCAGCUACACCUCGAGGUUUACACGGGGACGUCAAUAAAUUACCGGUUGAUGUUCUCAGAAAAGGCUGUUUUCCUUCAAUAGCUUCAUGUGACCAAAAGACCUAAAAUUGAUUUCUAAUAAUAGUACUAAGGUCGAUCAAUAAGACAAACAUUAUUGAUCAAUUUUCAAAACCCAAAAUAAUCAAAUCAUUCCCUCAGGGAUAAUAAAGACGCCUUAAAAUGUAAACAUUAGAGGAUGUAAAUGCAGAUUUGGGCAAAAUAACGUCGGUUAUUGUUGUAAAUUUCUUUAUCUGUAAAUUUUUGGUUUAUCUCUCAGCCCUACAUUCUUGUCUCCAUGCAUGUUCAGUCUCUUUCUCUUUAGUUAAAUGUAUUUUUCUAUUAAAGUGUUUAAGUUAAUUCUUCAUGGAUGGACUGUGCUGCUCGACAGCGUGUCUCACUGUGAUGAAUCCUCUUAAAAAAUGCCUGCAGCACCAACUCUGCAGUAAAGAGGGAUUUUCCUGCUUUUUUGUCCGGUGCCAAUCAAAGCGCUGACCUACAUAUCAACUCCACGGUACAUAUGCUCCGAACAUGCAGCCUGCAGGGAUAGAACUCCUUCAGUAACAGAAGUAUGCAAAAACACGAAUUAACACAGCCGGUCUCUUUAGUCUGUAUUUGGGUUUAAGAAAAGUCAAAAGGUCCGGAUCAGGUGAUGGACGUGCUGCUUGUCAGCACACGCUGUGAAACAAAGAAGCUCCUCCACGGGGUAAACACAAACACACAGGAGCCGCUGCGUGCUCCUUCUGAACCUCGGCGCUCGCUGGAGUUUGCGGCGCUCCGAUUUUACAAUGCAGUGGAAAAAUAAAACAGACAGGUCAGUGGGUUCAGCUUUGUUUGGACUCUCCCACAUCCUGCUGCUCAGCCUGAAACCAUGAACGCGUGGUUGUACCCAGGUUGUAAAAAUAAACACACUCCUCUUUUACACUCCUGUGGAUUUAACCUUUUCAACACAAGAGAAAAAAGAAGAAGAAGAAGAAGAGGUUUAUUUCUUUACAGACAAAACUAAAGUGCUUCUUUUUGCUCGUAAACAUUAAAGUCUUCUUCUCUCUCUCUCUCUCUCUCUGUCCCUCAGUGCGGCGGCGCUCCUCGGGCUGCUGUUGUGUCCGGCGGGGUCCCUGAGGCCCCUCGUCUGGAUCUGAUGGAACAAGACUCUAAGGACUCGGCCCAGAGCAGCAGUACCUCGUCCAGCUCUGAGAUCCAGCCAGAGUACAAUGUAAGACGUGUGAGAGCGUGUGUGUGUGUGAGUGUGUGUGAGUGUGUGUGAUAUCGUUCCAGUUAAAUUCAGAAAGUCCAAGACUCGAGGUCAACAGUUUAGCACCGGUUUUAAGCGCCCGUUAUUCCUCCAGAGUCUCCGGUAUUUACUUUGUUUUCUUGCUUGUGUCGGCAGUCGUGGCCAAAGGAGGAUUCAGACAAUUUUCCGAACUUUCUGGUUGGUUUCUACUGUCCGAUAUUGUAGCACGCUAACUUUGUUUGGGCGAACACAGAGAUAUCGUUAUAUUCCCAAAUAUCAUCAAUAACUAAUAACUAUUGACUGAUAUUAGAAGAGUUUUUGUAUAAACAACACAAAAUAAAAAGAUGCUUCUCUAACAGAUUUCUUUAACCUACUCCACCUUUCAUCCACGUCGGUCAUGUCUGCUGUUUUCUCGCCUUGAUUGUGCACAGGAAACCAUGACAACGAAAUCAGAGCGUUAUAUAUAAAGGUGGAUAAAAUAUAAGUGUGGAAAGAGAAAGGAGACAGGGAAGGACUGAAACACGCCAAGCUGAGCGCUCGCUGUCGUGGUUAUUUUGACGUGUCGUUGUUUAAGAAUAAGAAGAGAAAAAGUCUGAAGUCUUUGGUCAAGUGUGGGUCAUUAAAUUUAAUCAUGACAAACAUUUUCUGUUUUCUCACAUUAUGAUUCAACAUGAAAUAAUUAGAGACUAAAAUGAAUGUUAUUAAAGUCAUUAUAAUACUAAAACAGAGACAGACGUGGAGUAUUUAAUGUGAAAGUAAAUCAGAGAGUGAGAGCGCCGUGUGGACGCAGCAGGAGGCGGUGAAUACUUUCAGGUCUGGCAGCGACAGAAAGGAGAGACGGGAACCUCAGAUCCUCCUCCACCUGGCCUUGUGUUGGUGCAGGUGUCCACAAACACUGACUGUGUUUGCUCUCUAUCAAUAGUUUCAUUCAGGCCGGGAUGACCACAGCAGGGCCUGUGUGUGUGUGUGUGUGUGUGUGUGUGUGUGUGUGUGUGUGUGUGUGUGUGUGUGUGUGUGUGUGUUUACGUGUUUUGAGACGCUCCCUGCAUACUUAUACAGCUCUGUUAUCCUCUGUUUGCUUGUACUUUUGUGUGUGUGUGUGUGUGUGUGUGUGUGUGUGUGUGUGUGUGUUUUCACUGAGCGCGGCUGAACUCAGCAGAGCGUGGCGUCCUUUAAUGGCGCCUGACUCCCGUACAAAGCCCUAAUGGGUUUUCUCUCUUUAGGCCGGCUCAACUAGGAUUUGUCUGCAAGCAUAGAAAUCCCACCUGCUCAUAAAGCGGCGAGUAUAAAACCUGAGAGCGAAGAAAGGCGGAGAGAAAACUUCAGGUCUUAUCAGGAACGCUCGAUGUUUUCUUUAAAGAUUCUUCUGCUGAAAGUCAGACAGACAGGAAACACCUGAGCAAACACGCAACAACACGACGACGACGACAACAACAGCAGCAGCAGCAACGCACCUUCAGACAGGUGCUGCUGACUGACUCAUGCCAAAGUGAAGAUUUCUCUUGAUUCGAUUCUUCUACGAUUUUUGGAUGCGGAUUCGAUUUAAAUUGCGAUUCUACGAUAUUGUUGAUUUUCUCGAUCUUUAUUCAGUAUUUUUAACUCCAGUGAAACGGUUAAACGAUGAUGAUCGUCUUCUAAAUAUUCCAGGAACCAGAUUCCCCCAAAAAUUCACAUCACAUGUCAGUCAGUUUUUAAGAUUUAUUCUUAAAUAUGAAAAACAAAAAUUUUUUUUUGAACCUUAAAAUCGAUUUUUAAAAAUUGUAAAACAGAAAAUUGCGAUACUUAUGUAGAUGGAUUUUUUUCUCCCUCUUCUAACAGCUGUAGAAACUGGUUUUAUGGUGAAACUAAUCGCUUUAAUCUUCCAAAACGACUAUCCUGUUUUAUCAAAGAAGACUAAAAAGACUCUUAAUUAAGACCAUGAACUCAUUUUAAGAUCAAAACUUUAAAGAGAAAAACACAAACUUUGAUUAGAGAGCGAUCAGGUUUGAGGUCAGGUCAGUCUUUAUCAAAUACAGGAUUUAUUUACCUCUGCUAAACUAACCCUUUAACACAGAUCUCUCUCCUGAUAUUAAUCAUAUUUAUCUUUAUCUUUGUGAUUCUUGGCUCAGCGGUUAAAAAAGGAGGAGUUUUGGUUCGUUAAAGUCAGUCAGAUUCAAUCUUUUACUUUAUUUUUCCCUUUUUUUUCUUUUACAUCUCCAUCCAAGACAAGAAACCUCCACGUCCAGACUCUUUUAUUACUCAUCUCUAAUUCUUCUUCACUUUAAAAAGGCGAAAACAAGACGUCAGAUUCAAAACUCUGUGUCUGUGUCUGUUUGGUUUCUUCAGGAGGAGAAUCUUCUAAAGUAUGUUGUUUCCUCUCCUCCUCUCCCUGACCCUGCCCUCUCUCUCUCUCUCUCUCUCUCUCUCUCUCUCUCUCUCUCUCUCUCUCUCCUCCCUGCAGGAUAAUAAAGGUUUCGGUAUUGGCGAGCUGGUGUGGGGGAAGAUCAAGGGUUUCUCCUGGUGGCCCGGCAUCGUGGUGACGUGGCGCGCCACCGGCAAACGGCAGGCGAGCCACGGCAUGAGGUGGCUGCAGUGGUUCGGAGACGGCAAGUUCUCUGAGGUGAGGAGGAAAAUAAACACAGGUGGACUGAAAGAGGGAGGGACGGAGGGACGGAGGGAGGGAUGUUAUUCUUAAAAACAUUGUGGUUUUUAUUCAAGGUCUCCGCGGACAAACUGGACUCCAUCACCGCCUUCCCCAAGUUCUUCAGCCAGGCGUCCUACACCAAGCUGGCGUCCUACCGCAGGGCCAUCUUCCAAGCUCUGGAGGUGAGUCAGGGUCCAUCAGGUCUGACUCUGUAGAUGUGGAGUCCGUGUCCUGUGCUGUCAAAUCCUCGCGUUCGUCUCAUGCGGUGUUGGUUUGUGGGGACGUUAGCGCCCCCUUCAGUCGGCCUCUCCCUCACAUUUCGCCUCUCUUCACCUCUGUCACAGAUGGCCAGUAUCCGGGCGGAGAAGACGUUCACUCCCUGUGUGUCGGAUAACCCCGAGGACCAGGUCAAACCCAUGCUGGACUGGGCUAACGAGGGCUUCCUGCCCAAAGGAGAGGAGGGACUCAAACCAACGCACACGGCCGGUGAGCGAGGCGGCAGAACCGGACCCUAACACUCUGAACUUUAGAUAAGAAGAAAACUCUGAAAUGAGAGUCUGUUCUUGUGCUUCUCCACAGACAGUAACCCUCUGGACCACCAGGUCCUCGACGUCGCCCUGCCGGAGUAUUUCCCCAGCGCCAAGCGGCCCAGAGUCAGUCUCUGUAAGAGCAAAGCCGCUCCUGAAGAGUCCUACAGCAGAGGUACGAGGCCCACUCACCGUGUUUUUGUCCCACUCUCUCAAACUUUGGUUCAUCAUCAUCAUCAUCAUCAUCAUCUCUGUACUUCCUGUGUUUCAGAACAAAUGGUGAAUGAAGUUCUGAAGAAUAAAAGAAGUAUAGAAGGUAGGAUCACCAUCGGUUUGUGUCGGUUAUUGAACAGAAUUCGACCCGAGCUCCUGAUGACUGAUGUGUUUGUGUUCUCGCUCAGAUUUCUGUCUCUCUUGUGGAAAGAUGAAGGCAGCGACCUUCCACCCGCUCUUUGAAGGAGGCCUGUGCCAAACGUGCAAGGUAGAAAAACACGCCGACACGGACGCAACAGAUUUUCACUGACAUGAACAUCCGAAGAAUCACACCGCAGUCGAACGUUUUUAAUUUAACUUCCAACAAUAAUAACUUUUUUUAAAACAGAAGUUUACAAAGUUCUUUGACAAACAGUCGUAACAUCAGCACAUGUUGAUUUUGGCGCCCCCUGUAGACAAAGUGUUCUCAUUUAUCCAGUAUAUAUAUAUGAGGUACAGUUAAUCCCACCUCUGUUUUGGCUCACGGUUGAAUCAUUUUCUGACAUUUAAAUAACAGUGAAAGUAGAAACUGUGAAGAAAUAUAAAAAACAGAAGUGAUGAACUGAUCAUAAACUUUAGGGAAACAGAAUACAAGAACUUCACUGUCUUUGUCCUCCUGCUGCACGUUUCUCUUCAGAUUUAUUUAUUUUCAUUUUAAUUCUGAUUUUCUUUCUCUCCUCUCUGUUUUUACUCGUUCAGGACGUUUACCUGGAGAUGUCCUACAUGUACGACGACGACGGUUAUCAGUCCUACUGCACCGUCUGCUGCGGAGGUCGAGAGGUCCUCCUCUGCGGCAACGUCAACUGCUGCAGGUCGGUUACAGACACACACACACACACACACACACACACACACGUGCAUGUACAGAGAAAAGGUUUUCACAAACAAGUUUAAAUAAAAGCAGAAUAAAAAAAAAAGUUUUUGACAGUAUAACAAUAAAAACUCACAAUAAUGACGGUUAAAUCAGAGCAGCUGUACAGUUGUUUAGGUAUGUGUGUUGUGGGCAGAUAUCCUGCAGGAUGAAACAUGGAAACAAUGUGAGAGAUUAAAAUUUAAAGAUUCCAUAAGAAAAUAUCCAGAAUUGAAUUCCCAUCUUUCUCCUCGUUGUUUCUGAAUCAGAAUGUAUCCUAUCAAAUCAUAUCGUAGAAUCGUAUCUAAUUAUAAUAUACUGUAUGGUAUCAUAUCGGAUCAUUUCCUCCUUCAGGUGUUUCUGCGUGGACUGUCUGGACAUCCUGGUCGAUCCCGGAGCGUCCAACAACGCCCGCUACCUGGACCCGUGGAGAUGCUACAUGUGCCAGCCGCUGAUGCAGUACGGCGUGCUGAAACGGCGGCACGACUGGAACCACAAGCUGCAGGAGUUCUUCGCCAACGACUACGGACAGGAAUUUGUGAGUCACUGAUCCGUACGAUUUUAUUCAUGAGCUGCUGUGAGAGUUCAGGGAUCGAGGUCAAGUCCAGACUUCAUCAUUCGGUGUGAAAGUCCAGAUUUAAUCUUGUACAAAGAGAGUUUCUGAGUUUUCGUCGCGUCUUUCAUUCAUAUUUUCAUGAAACAACAAACCUAGACGACGUUCACACUCCUGAUUGGUCCUCAAAAUAAAACACCUUUGACACCAGAAGAGACCAACAACACUGAAACACCGCCUCCAUUUCUAAAACCCUCUUUUUCUUCCUCUGUUUAUUUCACAGGAGACACCAAAGAUUUACCCAGCAGUCCCUGCAGAGCAGAGACGACCAAUCAGAGUCCUCUCUCUGUUUGACGGCAUUGCCACAGGUGAGCAUGAUUCAUAGAUCUGGACUUUGUUCAUCUGCUCGUCUCCAAAAACCGUCUGUGAUGAUGGUGGACCAGUUUUCUCAGAGACAGCAGCUGAAUCUUCUGCUGCUCAGAUCUUAUCAAACUGGAGAAUUCCCAGCAUUCCCAGUCGUAGAGCUCACUCUCACCUCUGCUCAUAACCCCUUCAUACACAGGACCGUGGUGUCCUCCAGUGCCCACUACUGGCCUGACAUGCAAACUGCAGUUUAGUCACUCAUUUUUGCAGAUCUCAGAAUCAGAAGUUAUUUUAUUGCCAUUGUCGAUGAACAGGUUUCACAGACUAGAAAUUUGUUUGGCGUGAUGGUGCAACAAUAAACAGAGAGUAAUUUAAAAUACUAGAAUAAAAACUAAGAAGAGCAUGCAAGAAAUAUAUAAAGUAUAAAAGAAUAAAAGUAUAAACAUAUAAAAUAAAAUAUAAAGGUUAUGUGCAAUAAGUAUAAAGGUAUAAAUCUGUAUAAAAGUAUAAUCUGUGUGUACAGAUGCUUUCACCAAACAAGGCUUUCAUCUAUUUAAAAGUUAAAAAAAUAAAGUAUAAUGUUUUAACUGAACUUUUAUGAGACUGACCGUUUGUGGCCACGAGGUUAACAAGUGUUCGUUUAUACUGAAAACUGUCAUUGUGCCAAAAAUAAUAAUGCAUUAAAAUCAAUACUUUUAUCGAUUAUUGACAUGGUCAGGGCUGUUAUAACUUUAUCAAAAAUAUUUCACUUUGCACCUCAUUUUUGGAAAUAUUACAUAUUUUGUGUUUUUCCCAUUAAAAAAAAUCUGUGAUUCUCACGACAAAAAAGAUUAAAAACCUGAAAAAAUAUUAAAAAUUAUAAUAAACUUUGAAUCUAUGGAUAGGUCUGAAGUUGUUGACAAGAUCUGAUUAAAAGUAAAAAAAAUAUGAAUGUUUUUACUGCACUUUUAAUUAGAUGAACCGUUUGUGAACACGAGGUGAACGAGUGUGGGUAAAUUUUAAGUGUUAAAUAUAAAGAAUAAAAGCAGCAGGUGUUCAUGUGAAGUCUCUGUCUGUGUUUUCAGGCUACCUGGUUCUGAGGGAUUUGGGUUUUAAGGUGGACCAGUACGUGGCUUCAGAGGUGUGCGAGGACUCGAUCUCAGUCGGGGUUGUCAGACAUGAAGGAAGGAUCCAGUACGUCCACGAUGUCAGGAACAUCACCAAGAAAAACGUAAGACAGAAAUCAAAUCCUCUGAUUUUAUUAUCCGGACGGUUUUAAAGUGUCGGGGAACAUGAUCGCAGUCGUCCUGGAGUGGCGCUUCGUCUCAUGUGGAUCCAAACUUCCUAAAACUGAGUGUUUACACGUGUGAAGCUUUGAUAGUCUUGUGUUUUGAACGCCGUCUGAGUGAUUUACGGCCUUCGAGAGGAGCUCGGGUGUCGAGGCAGAUGAAUCAAGCACACCUUAAACACUCGUGAAUCAUCAGAUAAGCAUCGAAAUGGCCUUUCUUUGUUUUCAGCUACAUGUUGCGGUUUCUCUGCGGUGGGAACUUUAACGCGCCGAGCUCGUAGGAGGAAUGUGUGACUCAUUUAGGACUUGAGGUUUUUUUGAAAAUAUGACAACGUGAAUACGCCCACCUACCUGCCAAAAACUGUCCCAGAAAUACAUUUACAUGAACUCAACGACACUGAAACUCUGCUCUGCUUAUGAUCUGAAAACGUCUGUUCUGACCUCACAGGCUUUGUCUGUGUUUGAGGUGAUUAAACCAAAUUUAACAGAGAGAAAUCUGAGUUAUUUAUGAGGCUUUUUGGACUUUAUUGGAUACGACAGUCCGAGAGAGACAAAGGAUGAAGUCGGUGAUUGUAGACAUGAAGCAGAGGGUCGAGGUGAGGAGUCAAACCAGCAGCUGCAGCGGUGAAAACGCUUUCUGAUGAAACUGUGAAGCUGAACCAGCGCUUUAAAACUAAAAGAUGAACAUGAAGUCGCUCUUGUGCAGUCGUCUGUUUUUUUUUUAAGAUUAUUAGACUCAAAUGUAACUCAGUAGAGACACAGUCGAUGCUGAAACACACAUGAUGCUAAAGUCUGGAGGAAGUUUUAGUGUUUUUAAACUGCUAAAUAAAACGACUCACAGAGGAGGACAGUGGAACAGAGGACUCCAUGACGCACAGAGAGUCGGUUAAAUUCUCCGACAUGCACAAAGAGGAAAAAAAGCUUUUAUACAAAAUGCAAGAAAUUGUUUCACUGACUUGUACUUCGCUGUUUAAUUUCAGGAGCUUAAUUAUGAGGAAAACUGAGAAAAAUUCACAAAAACAGAAAAAAAGAAACAAACUUCCUUGGAGAUGAAAUCGAUGAAACACUCAGAAUAACCACAGGAACAGGAGCUGCUGUCCUCGCGGUCUGCAUGAUCAUUAUUGUGGACUCAUAAAUAUAACACAAACCCGUAUUCAGGUCCUCUUUCACUCUCUGCAGCUCCGUUUUUUGUUUAAUUAACGUAUCGCCGUACAGAUGAAUCAGUUUGUUUUGAUCUUGUUGGAUCUAAACCUUCGGCAGAGGAGAGAGGAUGAAGGUGGAGGGUUGAUAUCAGAACAGAAUUUCUCUGUCUGGUUCAGGUUAGCUCUCUUUCAUAAAUCUAAGAGAUAUCUCGUUGUUCUUAAGUAGAUUUAAAAAUACAAUUAUCGUAAUUAACGGCCCGGCAGCCAUGACAGAUCAGACAUGAGAGCGGCGUCAAUCUAUCGAACGUGAAAAAAGCUGAUGGCAGCUGCACUGACGUGGCUCCGAGCCGAGGACAAAGAAGUGCUUCAACUUCAGUAAAUCCCCUCUGCACCCUUUCACUUCUUAGUCACAUUGUGCACGUGUGUGUGUGUGUGUGUGUGUGUGUGAGUGUGUGUGUGUGUGUGUGUGUGUGUGUGUGUGUGUAAGUGUGAGUGUGUGUGUGUGUGUUAUGUAAGAGGUUUAGAGCAUCCCGCCGUCACCUCCUCUGUCCUUCCUCUUUGUUCCUUUAAGUCCUCUGAAAACGGACUCUGGUGUCUGUGAAGAAGAAGAAGGUUGAAGAGCUGAGGCGGUGAACAUGCUGUUGGUUAAAUGAUGAACUGUGUGUUAACAAACCUGAGUGAGUUAACUGAUGAGUCUAUGAGGGAAAUUCAGUCAUCUGAAGUUUUGACAGAUUUGUGUUUUUCCGUCUUUAUUUGUGGUUCUUGCAGAGAAAGUCUCACUUUGAAUAAAUCCCUUUUCUUUAUUUUAAACAGAUUUAUGCCUCAAACAAAAUUAUGCAACAUAAAGAUAAAAACACAUCUUUGCACAUCCUGGUUUUUAAAGUGGAAGAGGACAGUUUGGAUCGUAAUAGAAGUUUUUGGAAACUUUAAGUGAUAAAUCUCCUGAAUCUUCAGUGAUCAUGAAGUUUCAGUGAUGAGAUGAAGAUAAAACUUCUUCAGCUCGGUUUGAGUCUGAAGACGCGCGACUGUUUCUGCUGUUCUCUGAAUCUAACACUAGAUGGUGCUCUUGUGGUUCUCAGCUGCUGGAGUGGGGUCCCUUUGACCUGGUGAUUGGAGGAAGUCCCUGUAACGACCUGUCGAUCGUUAACCCUGCCAGGAAAGGCCUCUAUGGUAAGAAACACGGUCCGCCUGGACGCUCUUUGUCGUUCUUGCGUUUCCUCGUGAUCCUGAGUGAGUUUUGUUGCUCCAGAAGGUACAGGGAGGCUGUUCUUCGAGUUUUACCGCCUGCUGAGUGAAGCGAAGCCCAAAGAAGGAGAGGACCGUCCGUUCUUCUGGAUGUUCGAGAACGUGGUCGCCAUGGGGGUCAACGACAAGAGGGACAUCUCGAGGUUCCUGGAGGUGGGUCACGAUGACGGGAGGAUGAAAACAAACCUUUAAUCCAUUUACAGACGACACGUUUAAAACUGUUUAUUGUGAUCUGUUUCUUUUCAGUGUAACCCUGUUAUGAUCGAUGCUAUCGAGGUCUCAGCGGCUCAUCGCGCUCGAUACUUCUGGGGAAACCUGCCGGGCAUGAACAGGUAACAUCUGGAGGACAAGAACACAAACUUUAGAUGCAGUGUUCACGAUAUUCUAACCUGAUUCUUCUUCCUUUUGUUUCAGGCCUCUCUGCGCCUCUGGGAUGGACAAGCUGGAGCUGCAGGACUGUCUCGAACACGGCAGGGUCGCAAAGGUAAGAGAACGAGGUCCAUGAAUCGCGGUUUUCGCUUUGGAAAAUGAGCUCAUGUGUUGCACUUGUUUGACGGUGCGUUCAUCGCUUCACAGUUUGGUAAAGUGCGUACGAUCACAACCCGCUCCAACUCCAUCAAACAAGGGAAGGAUCAACACUUUCCGGUCCUGAUGAACGGGAAGGAGGACAUACUGUGGUGCACCGAGCUGGAGAGGUGAGCAGGACCAAGAGUAGUUUCUAAUCCAGGUCUCUUUUCCAGAUGUUCAGGCUCAUCUAGGACAGAUUAGGAAGUACUGGAUUUUUCUGCACCCCUACAGAUUUGAGGAAAAUUUCAGAUUAGCCAGAUUAACCCUGAUAUUUUCCAAAUGGGAGACUUUUCCGGUAAAUGGGUGAAGUGAUAGGACGUGGUGUGGUUAUACGCAGAGGUCAUAGUCUGGGCACUUAGCUUGGGUUCAUGGUCUUUUUCACAGUGGUUAUGGCCACAAGUAUUGGUCUGGUAUUAUUGGGUGCUGGGCUAAUUGCUGUGAGGUCCCCGAGUAAACAGCGUGAGGGGGACAGUGGAGGGCAGCAUCCCAAGAGUGAUGACAUUUAUUAAUGACCCCCUCCCAGAAAGUUUGUACUGGGGGCGGAGCCACAUGGCAUGGUAACAAGUGUCUGCAGUGUUUAGUGUACAUUAUGAGCAAAUAUCUGUGUCUAUAAGUCCCGUUUUAUGUAUUCUAUGUGCAGCAAGGUGAGUUCUGUGGAUGACUUAAUACUGUAUUAGUUGGAUUAAUGUUGUGUUGUAUUAAUGAGUUUAGUAUUUGCAUCACAUAGAAAAGACAAAGUCACCAGCUAAGGUUGUGUUCGAUCAGAAACUCACUUAUUCUGAGGAUAAAUGUUUUUGUCUGUUGGCGCUGCAGAUAGAAAUGCAGCAGCAGUCUCUAACUCUCUACACAAAGGUCUUCCUCUACAGGAAGCCUUCCUCUUAUGUUGUCUGUCUGUUUGCAUCACAAUCACUUUGAGGGAUCCAGUCUCAGGUUUAGUCCGUCUUAAAUAACCCUCCAAAACAGCUGAUUUUGCCUCUAAGAGUCAGAGCAUCUUAAAUUUCUAUUAAAGAACUUCUUUAAUAAGGUUAAACAUCUCUCUGACCAACAUGGUGGUUGUGUUUGUCCUGCAGGAUCUUUGGCUUCCCAGUCCACUACACAGACGUGUCCAACAUGGGUCGCGGGGCCCGACAGAAGCUCCUGGGCCGGUCCUGGAGCGUCCCCGUCAUCAGGCAUCUCUUCGCACCUCUGAAAGACUACUUCGCCUGUGAAUAGACGCCACCCGUCACCAGCGAACAGACCCCACUUAGAAACACCCACCAGCUUUUCAGUUGUGAUACGGGCUCCAACACACGUCAGCCACCAACCCGAGGAGCCUUCUUCUUCUUCAGGGAGAGCUGGAAGGUUCCUCCGCUCAGAAGAAGUGUAGCUGGAGAAGUUUUUUGUGGAUCCUGUUAAAGGUGCACUGCAGUCUGAAACUCACAAAACACACUAACACAGGAAUAACACGAAAACAGAACAGGUGAGCAGACGCUGCUCCAGAGAGGGAGGGUCAAAGGUCAGAUUCCUCCCUGUAGUUUUAAAGAAGACAGAUGAGAAAAGUCUCACUUUUGAUUUUUAACAUUAGACCUGUUCAGCGGUAUUAGCAGAAGAUUUUAAAGAGCCUUUGGAAGGCGUUUUUAAGUUGACAACACUUGGUAGUUGUAGAAUUAAGAGAACAACACGGAGCCUGUAGGACAACUUUAAGUGACUUUGUGUGAAACUUUUUAAAGCGGUUAGACGUUUCAGAGAUUGUUCAUCUCUCUGAGAAAAAAGCAGGCUCCUGUUAAAACACUUUUAAACUCACCUGAACCAAAGUCACAGGAUAUCAGGCUCCUCCUGCUUCUGCUCUCGGCCUCUGGCUGUUCCUCUAACUUCAUCUGAAAUGAAGCUUCCCUGAAAACUCUUAAAUCACAACGCCGUGGUUCUCUGUCAAGUACUUAGAAAUUUAACUGGGCAAUAAAAGUGAAAAAUCUGUUGAUUUUAUCAAAGACAUCAGCAUUUUUUAAGCAUUCAGCUGCAGAACAUUACAAGAGUCCUGAGAGAAAGGUGGUUCACAUGACCCGCAAACUGAUCAUGUGCUAAAAUGUUUCCUGGCCUUAAAAAGUUUAUUCCUAUUUGGAUUUAGUUACUAAAAUUAAAAUUGUAAUCAGAUUGGUGUUUUGAGGGAAGUUUAUUCAGAGCUGGAAGCUAGUGGAGCUAAGCUAACCUGGAAAUGAAGCAGGAUUUGGAUAGGUUUAUAUUUUUCUGUUUGAAAAUAAUCUUGAGUUUACUUUAUUUGUCUUUGUUUCAGUUCAUAUGAGCAAAAUAGCAGAAAAAAACACUUAUAAAAGAUUAUAUGGGAAUGUUUUUGUGUAGUAAAGAUUUGGGUUAAACUUUUAUAAUUCAAAUACUUGAAACAAUCCAGUGCAAAAAAAAGAAAAAAACAGAAACAGAGAUGUAGUAGUUGAUGGUGUUUAUCCUACUGUAGAUGUUUAGAGUUUACUUCAAGAUAGUGGAGCUCUAGUUCACUGUUAUCAGCGUCUCCACGUGUGACGCUUUUAGAAAAAAUGAGGAGCUACUUUAAAAAUCAGGAAAGGGUGUUCAGAUGUGGUUUUACAGCUGUAUGAGCAAUAACAGAAAAUGGUGGGAAACACUGGUGAAUGUGUUUUUUAUUUUUGGAAACGAGCACUGACUACUUUUGUUUCAACCUCAGAAAGCUUUGAACAUCUGUAUGAAGCUUCUUAACGCUGUUUUCUUCUGUGGGAUGCACCAGCUUCGGUAAACAGUAUGUCAGAAAGUAUUAUAGUAAUUCUGAUAGACCUCAAAGUGAGAAAACAAUCGUCUGAACCUUGAACAUAUGACAUGUCGAAUUUGUAAGACCCCCAAAUCUGUCAUUAUCCUUUUUAAAAGUGAAAAGGAAUUGGAAGAUUUUAUGCAGUUACACAAAAUACUGUGUGUUUACAGAAUUAUCCCAAAAGUUUGAAACCAAAACUCUAAAAAAUAUAUAGAUAUUAUUUAAAGUCAAAUGACAAAAAGUUCUGGCACUGCUUUAGUAAAUUGCUUCAGUCGACAGAUACAAAAAAAAAGUUUCACUGGCUGUGACGUCCUUCAGGGAAAAUGUGUAUAAUUAUAGAUUAUAUUCAGGAUUAUCCAGCAGCGAGAAUCAGAAACAGCUGUUAAAAAAAAAAACACACACACUUUCAGUCAGUUCAGCUGUUAGUGGCAGUCUAUUAAAGCAGUUUCCUAAAUGAGUGUACAUAUUUGUGGAUAAGAAUUCAGAAUUUGUAAAUUUAAGGCCCAAGUUUAACAGAGAAAAAAAACAUUACUCUUAAAUGACUAGAAUUAUUCCCUCCAAAGUUUAGAGAUCUGUACUAUUUCUGUAAUCUGUAAAAUAACUGAAUUGGAUAUUUAGUCCUUUUUUUCCAUGUGGAUACAUGACAUACUGUCUAUCUAAGUCUGUGCAUGUUCACCAGAAAUACAGAACUUUUUACUGGACAAUUUUGGUACCAAUUUUCUUGCUGUAACCAGUGGACCAAACUCACAAAAACUCAGUCUUUUAAACAAAUCGUCUUUUUCUUUUGAAACCUGGAGGAUUUUCAAAUGCUGUUGGCUGUCACCAAAUCAAACAAAAUGGGCAUUACCUCAGAAAAGGGGGCACCUGUACAUCACUCCUCCUGUAGGAUCUCUGUUCUGUGAAUAAAUACUGUAGCUUUCUGCUCCCAUAUGCCCUGUAAAUAGAGCUUUUAUUUUUAUCACUGGAACUAUUUUUACUAUGUUUUUGUGUACUGUAUUGGUAGAAAGGUUUACAAGUGUUUUCACUGUCUUUUGGGCCAAUAACAAAACAAAAUGCACAAGCCUUCUGAAAGAAUUUUUUAUUAAGAAAUGGUGCUGACAGUGCCAAUGGAAACCUCUUUUCUAAUCUGAUGUUAAAGUCCUUUAAAAACCAAAAAGUAAUUGUUUACAUGCUUCACUAAUACUGCUGAAUGUUUUGCUUUAAACAAAAAAGUAGUUUUCUUAUCUUUUAGUAACUGCUCUUUUAAAACCUUUUAUACUGAGAAUAUUAUACAGUAUAUUUACACAUUAUAAAGCUUGCUUGAAAUUUUUAAUGUUAUAGCACAACAUAGAGCAUAUUAAUCAAUAGCUUUUGUAUUAUUUGUGUCAUGUAGAUGAGUGUUUUUUGUAGAUUUGUGAGUGAUGUCUGAGUUUUAACUAAAACAUUUUUGGGAUUUAUCUUUGAUGAGAAUAACAUUUUAGGAUUAUUUCUUUUACCUUUUGAUGAAUCUACAGUGCAAAGAUGUUUAAAAGAACAGAUUCUGUGCUAUUUUUAUACUUUAUUUUUUAUGUUGGUAUACUUCUUAUAGCAACCCAUAUAUGAUAUCACUCAAUAAAACACAGCUUGGCUGUUGGAAAAAUGCUCUGUGUCCUGUGUGUGAUAAUUGUGGUCCAUUCUGUGUGUCAGAAUAUGUACAAAAAAGAAACAACUACGGUACAAUUUAUCCUUUAACUAUUUAAGAGAAAUUGGUUGGCCUGUUUCAGGCCAGUAUAUCUAAUUUUGAACAUUAACUCAACAAUCUCACACAACUUGUGCAGCUAAAAAAAUACCAUAAGUCAGUAAAGUAAAAUAAAAUUUUUGAUGGUAAGGGGUGUCACCUUAACUACUUUGCUGGGUCUUAACAAUGAACCCCAUGUUUUAAUUACAGCACAUAUAGUAAUAUUUUAGUGGAAAAUGGACGAGAAGAAGCUUAUUGUGUGACGCUAGGCCAGGGGUCGGCAACCUUAAACACUCAAAGAGCCACUUGGACCAGUUUCCCACAGAAAAGAAAACACAGGGAGCCACAAAACCUCUUUGACAUCUAAAAUGAAGAUAACAUUGCAUUUAUCUUUUUUUUUUCCUUUAUACAAAGUAUAUAAAAAACUGUUGCGAGUUGCAUUUAUGAAAUAAAUGAACUAUUUCGGCGAGUGUCUGUCUUCUUCUGUAGUUAAACCGCAAGAUAUCAAAAUCUACCCGGAUACAGCAAUGCUGCUUUUUGAUUGGCUGUUCAGUAGAUAUACUUUAUUUGAUUGGCUUGUGCGUGGCACGCAGCUUCUGAACUCUCGGAGGAACUCAGUUGAUUUCCCCCAGUCCCAUAGUUGAAGAAGUGCAACUUGGUGGACAUCACCGUGUUCAUUUAAAUGCGUGAGAAAUACAAUGUGUGGUGUGUGAGCGUGUGAACGAGUGGGAAUGCGUGUGUCAUACGCUGAAUGCGUGAGACUUGAGAGCCCUGUGCUCACGUAUCAUCGAUGUACUCCCGAGCCAUGCAAAAUGGUCUUUGCAAAUGUUGCACUGAACGCCUUCCUUUUCAGUCUUGGUGAAGUUUUCCCACACCACUGAUGUUUUAGGUCGGGAUUUGGGUUGGGUUGUGUCCAUGUUUUUCUCAGCCGCUGCCUCGGCCAUGGCUGUUUCUUUUCUGUGCGUCCUGCUGAUGUUUACACGCCGGUGUCCAUGGACAUAUAUAAAGACCCGGCGAAUCGAUUACAGAAUUUGUUGGCAACGGAUUUUUUCGUCACGACGAAUCUACUUAAUCGAUUCGAUGUUGCAGCCUUAAUAGUUUAUUUAAUGUUACAAGAGCAUUAUAAUCUUUGAAUUUAGAAUUACAAAAAAUAAUAAUAAUAAUAAAAUAAAAUAAAAUGCAAUUAAGUAUUUAUUAUUUAUUUUCCAAAUCCAUUGGGAGCCGCAGCUUAGGGAAGAAAGAGCCGCAUGCGGCUCCAGAGCCGCGGGUUGCCGACCUCUGCGCUAGGCUAAUGUUUUUGUACCUGGACCGGUCAUGUCAAUGUCAUAUCAGCUGCGAAAUUUUGCAAUAAAAUUCUGAAACAGCUGAACUGAUAAGUUUAAAUUUUGCAUAAGAUCCCAUAUAGCCUUGGUUUAAAAAAAAAAAAUAAAAACAAAAAUAAUAAUAACAGUAUAAAAUACCAGAGAUCUACACUUGAGAGAGCUAAAGCUAGCUUACGACAACCGUUGACUCUGCUAACCUGUUAGCUUACUUAGCUAACAGGUAGAUGCAUUUUGUAGAAUCUACAGCGCAAACAUGUUUAAAAGAACAGAUUCUGUGUUAUUUUAAUACUUUAUUUUUUAUGUUGGUAUAUUACUUAGUAAUAUUUUAGUGGGGAAUGGAUCGGAAGAAGCUUAUUACGUGACGCUAGGCUAAAAUUUUUGCACCUGGACCAGUCAUGUUAUUGUUAUAUCAGCUUUGAAAAUUUUGCAAUAUAAUUCAUAAACAGCUGAAAUGAUAGUUUUAACAUUUACAUUAGAUCCCAUAUAGCCUUGGUUUGCAAAAAAAUAAAUAACAGUAUGAAAUACAAGAUAUCCACACUUAAGAGAGCUAAAGCUAGCUUAUGACAACUGUUGAUUCUGCUAACCUGUUAGCUUACUUAGCACAGGAUGCCAACAGUAUGACUUUAAUUCUGUGCUUGUGGGCAAAUUAUGUUAGUUAGCUUUAAAUACCUGAGUUAUUUUUUAUAACCAUAACUCAAAUAAAACGGUUGUCUCAUUGUAGGUAUAAUAUAGAUAUUUAAAUGUUAUAUUAAACGUUAUUUAGAGUCAGUGGGGCGGUUACUCGCAGAGCGGGUUCGGGGGGGUUUGGGGAGCUAGUAGGAGUUCAAAACCCCACAAACAACAACACGGAGAGAGGGGUGAGUGGAGAAGUUUACACCGAAUAAAUAAUACAUGUGUUUAACUUUUAAACUCGGUUAAACUUGAUGUUAUUUCAACGAUGUGAAACUCGUUACCGUAGGAGUGCAUUAUCGUUAAAUUACGUGAAAAUCCGCGGCGUUUUAAUGGUCGUGAUAGCGCAGUGAAAGUGAUGCUAACUGGCUAAAUUAGCUGUACUGCGAGAUAACGCCCUUAUGUUUUCAUGUAGUACAAGUAGUCACAAAUGUUUGUCUGAGUUAAAAAGUUAAGCUGAUUCAAAUGAGAGUUUUAAAGAUUUGGCUGUCUUAUUGUGAGAACAUGAGAGGAAACGUCAACAAUGGUUUUGUUAUUGUCCGACACCGUGACGUUUAGUUGAGAUAAACCGUCAAUAAUCCGGUUUGUUUCGUUAAUUCUGGCCGUGUAAAUCACGAGUUUUUCUUCCUGAAGUAGGUUUUAUUCCUCUGAACGUGCUCUAACCGUGAAAGGUAACACGAAGCUUUGGUUUUGGUGCUCUUGGUUUUGCCUUCAUGACAUGUUUGUGUGAACCAUCACCGUCUUUAUUACUUCGAUUCACGUUUUUUCUCCUCCGGGACUUUUUUCAUCGUUGUUUAGCAUUUUUAUAGACAUGAAACAAAUAAAUCUAAAGUUGUUUGAUGUCUUCAAAUUUUGGGGACUUCAAUGUAUGAUCCGGUUUGGUGUUAUAUCUAGAAAAAUAGACCUUUCUGGAAAACUUUUGGGGUUGAUUUGGUUAUUUAUUUGUCUGUAUUAUU